CAGCCCCGGAUGCAGUUUCGGGGAUGGAAGCGCCGGACUGCACACAACACUGCAUCUAAAGCGAGGCUAACUCGAAGAGACUUCAAGAGGGCCGGUGAAAGAGAUUAGAGUCAAGUAAGAUAAAAGAGAUUUAGGUGGACCGGAGGGGAAAGAGGGGGUCUUUUUCACAUUACAUCUAACGUCAACAAACUGCAUCGAUCUACCACCACAGAGUAGUGAUCACAAGAUUGAAGUUCUCAACCGGUUACAAUCACAGUAGAUGAUGACGUCAUAUCAGGUAUAACACCAUGCAGGAUCAAACAUCAGUGGGAUCGAUCUUGUACGCUGGUGGCAUACCAGUUGUAACAAGCGAUGCCAGCAAGAACGAAACAUACUCGAUGGAGUCUAUUCAAUGGGUCUUCUUGAAUGUCUGUGUCAACUGGAACUUGUUGAUGUGCACAGUUAUAUGCUGAAUAAAAAUUUGUCCGGAUUCUGGUGCCUCAUUGGUCCACAAGGUCCAGUUGUAAUGCUCCAUUGGUCAAUAAGCUCAUGCACAAGUACUUGUUCUGCAUUCUGCCCUUGGAAGUCGACAAGAGCAGUCGAUUUGUGGCAGAAGGAAGACUCCGGGAGCCAACACACAGAGAUGUCACUGAGUUUAGUUGUAUGCAUGUUGCUGGGCAUAGUCACUGCAGCAUCUGCUGAUGGACACGUUCCACCUGAAGGCAUCAAGCUUACGUAUUGCCGCGGCAAGGCUCUCUACAAACUCACUUUUGAGGGAAUGUGGCAAGAUAAUGUACAGGAUGGUCCUCUUCCUCCUGACGCUAUGUUUUCUUCCUUCACAGUCGCCAGUCAUGAUGCAGAGUACACGAUGUGGAGGCCAGGUUCGAAGGCUAGUGAGGGAGUCAAAAAAGUAGUUGAAACAGGAAACAAUACAUAUUUGAUACACGAAGUUGAGAUGUACAAAGAUCAGGGUCAUGUAUAUAAUACUUUAUAUACAGGCCCUGCAUAUGUCAAUGAGACAGCACAUGAGUAUAUGUAUUUUGAUACUAAAUUCCAUUUUUUGUCCGCAAUAUCAAUGGUGUACCCAAGUCCAGACUGGUUCAUUGGGCUAUCUAACAUUGAUCUAUGUGUCAGUGAUACUGCAAAUUGGAUCAAGGAAGAAACCGUCAACUUUUAUAUUUGGGACGCUGGUACUGACAGUGGCAAGAAUUUUACUGCUAAGGAUUAUUCAACAGACCCGGCUGAAGAUAUAACACUGAUCAUGAGAUCGGAUGAUCCUUAUACUUCAUUUCCUUUGCCAAAUGAUCAUUCUGACCCAAUGUAUAAGUAUGUACCCAAGUUUGCAACCGGUACUAUUGAAUUGGUGAAUGUCACUGAUGAUAAACCAAAAUGUCAAGCACUGGGUAAACAAACCUAUCACGUACAGUUUCGUGGUGACUGGACUGCAGCCAAACAUCCAAAGACUGACUUACCUUCAAAUGCCAUGUUUUCGCCACUCGUGGUCGCUGGACACAACAUGGACUACUCAAUGUGGAGUCCAGGAAUGUUGGCUAGUCCAGGUGUUGAAAAAGUUGCUGAACAAGGUCCACCAGAUGUCCUUAUUGAUGAACUGAAUGAAGCAAACGGAGUUCUUAAUCACACAGCAGCUGGAGGACCAACCAGCUCUAAUGGAACAUUUGAUCUAUAUGUUGAUGUUGAUAUGCACCAUUCGUACGUCUCAGCAGUUUCUAUGAUCUUUCCAAGUCCCGACUGGUUUGUUGGUAUCUCAUCAGUGGAUUUGUGUGAUGGUUACUUUUGGAAGGAUGGACCCAUCAUUGCCGGUCUUUUACCUUGGGAUGCUGGAACUGAAGAUGGGAUGGCAUUUAAUAUAACUAAUGCUGCAACAGACCCUCACGUGGGCAUCAGUCUCAUUACUCCGAGCACUAUGGGAGCAUUUUACAAUCGUGGUCAGCACAUACCAGCAAUACUAAUGGGUACUAUCACCCUGGUGCGUAAGCAAGAUCCUCAGACCGACAACAAGAACCAACUGCAGACUUGGAAGAAUGUGUUCGAAGAACAUCGAGAAGAGUUUAAGAAAUGGCAGAAUGAUGAGUGUCCUUCACGUGCUUAACACCAAUGACACGUGUCUAGACGACUAAUUAGUUGAACGUCAUCCAAUAUAUCAACUGGGCUGCCUUAGCAUGAUGACAUGGUAGAAUUAGAUUUAUGUCGAUGUUGACCUGUUGUGUUCUGUUUUUCUUUGAAUUGUCUGUUUGUUCAGUUUGCAGUAUCAUUGUAAUUUGAAUGUUUACAAGUUCCAGAUUGUAUGCAUAGUAAACUAAAAAACUGUUUCAAUAUCAAUCAAAUGUGUUGGGA